AUGGAUGACAAAACAAAGUUGCUCGAGGCACAGCAACUCAAGCAGUUUGCCUUUUUUGGCGUUACUGUGUCCACGAUCGCUGCACUAACAUCGAUUCUAGCGGUACCGAUGCUGUGCGUCCACAUGCAGAACGUUCAGUCUGGCCUCCAAGAAGAGAUGAAGUAUUGCCGAGUCAAAAACGAAGGAAUGCGGAAUGAAGUUCAAAAGCUAGAAACUACCCGCAUUAAACGUCAGUCAGCCGCCGGCUCAUGUUGCUCAUGCGGGAUAGGGCCUAUGGGGCCAGCGGGUCCACCAGGUGCAGACGGUGACCCUGGAGAAGACGGUCAUCCCGGCAGGCCUGGAAUUCCUGGACCAAAUGCCGAAGGCAAUGGUGCGAUCCCAACAGCUGACGAUUUCUGUUUUAUAUGUGAGCCAGCUCCGCCAGGGCCUCCGGGUAUGACAGGAUUCAAGGGUCCCGCCGGCCUUCCCGGUGGCAUUGGAGAGCCUGGCAUGGCAGGAAUGCCAGGACCUAAAGGACCACCUGGUCCCAGAGGAUUACCAGGAAAAGAUGGAGAAGCGGGUCCUCCUGGUCUACCAGGACAACCAGGACAAGUACGAACACUGCAGUCGCCUAUCGGUGAAACAGGGCCCAUGGGCCCGCCUGGCCCACCAGGUCCAAGUGGAACACCUGGCAAUUCCGGGCAACCAGGGCAACCUGGGUUGCCAGGUCAGGAUGGAGAUCCAGGUGUGGACGGAUCGAAUGGAGCGGAUGGGGAACCUGGUGCUCCUGGGCAACCAGGAAACGAUGGUUCGAGAGGAUCCUGUGACCACUGUCCUAUACCACGCACUCCACCAGGAUACUGA